UCCUCGCCUCUGCCCUCUAUUACGUUGUUCUUCCGAGGCUUUCACCUCAAAUUUUAGGGGUGUUUCGACGAGGAGAGAGGGGAGACCGUGGGAGGUUGCCAGGAGGCGUUUGAAUGCGAUUUUCUCGAUCCGAAUCCCUAAUUGGCCCAGAUUUUGGCGCUGUGGUGCGGUUGUUCGUGGUUUUGGUGUGAAUUUAUCGUGGGUGGUGCGGUAGGUGGGGGUUUCACCGUUUAGAUCUGGUAAAAUUGUGAGCCGGGAAAGGGGCAGCUAGGUGUUUGGUUUACCAGCAGGAUUAAAAGGGGCAGGUGCUGACUUGUGAAUUAGGUUUUGUUUGUAUCUGAGAAUUUUAUAUUGUUUUUUUAAUCUUUUUGGAUUCGUUUGUAGUUUGAUGCCAGGUGGACUGUACUAUCCAAAUUAUUCAAUUAUGGGUUGUGGUGUUGUGGGAUUUUACUGGCUUUGGUCUGCCAAAGCGCCAACGGAUUUAUAUUGAAUCUUGGCAGUAAUGUUAGAAUUCAGAAAUCAUAAGUGACCGAGAUUUAUCUGUAGAAAAUUGUGGUCAAAGUAUUGCAAAUCUGUGAUAUGUCUUGCAUGCAAAUUUAGUGGCAGUUUCGUGAGGUUGUGCCACUUUUAAUACUAGUUUUUUCUUGUGUUCGAUGCAAAAGUCCUCUCAGAUUUACUGCAAUUUAUUCUAUGAACUGGUUCAGUAAUAGCAACAAGAACUGUCACCGCGUGGGUCAUAUGCAAGUGCUUCAAAACAAAAUUCUGAAGCAAAUUCUUGUUCUGGGUUGCAGAAACUCCGAUCUUAGAAACCAAGAAAAGGGGGUCUGUGAAGAGGUUUCUCGCGGCAGAACAAUGGAGGUACUUGGCAAAUCUGUGAUUGCUGAGCCCAGCAAUGUGAUUUUCUUGUCCACUAUUCUGAACACAGAAGGGGAAAUCCCCAGUCACAAGUGUGACAAGAGGUGCCAGAAUGAGCACAUCUUUGGAAACAUGUACCGCUGCAAACUGACUGGAAUGACGCACAUUUGUGACAAAAACUGUAACCAGAGGAUCCUCUAUGACAACCACAACUCGCUUUGCCGAGUGAGUGGGCAGUUGUUCCCGCUCUCACCACUGGAGCUGACGGCAGUGAGGGGGAUUCGGAGGAAGCAUGAAGCCGACAGCAAUGAAGGGUGCUCCUUCAAGCGCAGGCGUGGUGCACAGCUCCAUCCUUCCCCUUUUGAGAGGUCCUACUCCGCCGUGUCUCCGAUACCGAGCCAAGCUGGAGAUGGCAUGGACCUGAGCUAGAGCUAACGAGACUUCCAUCUUUUCUUUCCCCGGCUACCUUAUGCGGAUGUCUACUCCAUUUCCCCUUCUUUGACAGGAUGGAAACUAUAAGAGCUUCCUUCUUUAUAGACUUAUGAAGGGAUAUGAGACUCCUUAGAGGCACUAAAUAAUGUCUAUGUAGUAUCAAUUCAGUUUCAUGGGACCUUGUUGUAAUCGUAACUUCGAUUGAACAGCCUAUUCUGAAUUACUUAGUGUUAAUCAUUUGCUAUUACCGUUUAGAUUAUUUCUCUAUAGCGCGGUGCUCUUGUUUGCUCCAACUUUUCAUUAUUGUAGCUCCUUUCUUUCUUAUGCUCUCUUGAGGUUCACUAUCUGCUGCAUUUCAGUGCAUUCAAGCUGUGCAAAUUUGCUUGACAUAGUUGGUGAUGUAAAUCCGUUGCAGAUUACAUUAUCCUAUUUCUCGGGGUGUGAACUUACUAACUAAAUUCCCUUCAUAAUUAGUGCUUUGCAUGGCAGGUUGCUGAUCAGGUCUCAGCUAUUUAUGGUUUGCUCUCAUAUAGCUUAUUUGUUUCAGUUAAAUGUUUUCUUCUUUGCAGGUUAUGUUUCUAACAUCUAUAUUGCUUCCUCCUGUUUUGUUUUGACUUGCUUCUUUCCUUGACUCCUUUCUGUUUUGCAGGGUGAUCCAGGUGCUAACUUUUUUGAAAAUAUUUUGGUCUUUGUGUAAUGUUCCCUUUGUUAAGUUGAUUUCAUUUGUUCUGAGUGUUCACUUGUUUUGUAUGCUUGUGCAGGUGAAUUGGUGUUCUUUCGCUCUUCUUGGUCCAUGGGAGGCAGGAGCUAUGGAAGAUCAUUGAGAUCCUUUGCAGCAGUGGAAUAGCAAGGUACCAUCAAAUUCUUCGGCCGCAGAAUGCUUUUCAGUGCAUUGUGCACAACAGAAAUCAUCAGCAGAAGAGAGGUUUGGAACUAUUCAAACAAGAGCCAGCCUGAAGCCACUGAAACUUCAAAACUCAUACUGGAGAAGAGCCUGCAGGAACUUGACAUCGCAUUGCUGCUGCGGUUGGAGAAGUCUACUCCAGUAUCUGCCAUCUGCGAUCCGAAGCAAAGCUCUCUGUAGAUCUAGUUGAGUAUCCACCAUCUGCGAUCCAAACCAAGAUCUCUGAAGAUCUAGUUGAGUAUCCACCAUCUGCGGUCCAAACCAAGAUGUCUGAAGAUCUCAAGAGAUUUUAGUGUCCCUAAUCCAACAAGCUUGUUCUCAACGCAAACUUAUAAUGCCAUUGAAUUUCCUUUUUCCAUUCUAAAAGGGAUUGGGUCAUGAUUGUACAUUGUAAGGCAAUUAUAUCCGGAGUAAAGGGAACUUUCCUUCUGCGUCAA